CAGAGAUAUUCGCGACUCAGUAGAAGCGCGCGGGCAUCCCAACGCGUUCUAAAAUUAAAUUCAAAUUGAAUAUUCGAACGCGUGUGACAUAAUAAAAAAGAAAAUAAAUUACCUGUGUCGUGUUAAGUGUUUGUGGCCAGUGUUUUCAUAAAAAAGAUUGAAAUAGAAUCAAACAUGGAACCCCUUCAUGUGGAUGUCGUCUAUUUCUACCCAAAAGAAAAUGCCAAGCUUCACAAAACACAAAAAUACGAGGUGGUAAACGACGAGAAUCCGACAGUGACUGUGCUGCGUCGUGGUCAGCCGUUCAACGGGGUCGUCAGGUUCACCAGGCCCUAUGAUGAGGAGAAUGAUGUUGUGCAGCUUGUCUUCACUCUUGGUGACAAGCCGCAAAUGGAAACACAAGGAUCCAUGUUCCUGAGGAAGGAUGCCGUCCACGACAAGAACUCCUGGUCAGCCAAACUGACCAAUGUCCAGGGGGAAACUCUAUCAUUCGAGGUGUCUACUCCAGUGACGACCCCAGUGGGCUGCUGGUCACUCCGCGUGGUCACCAGGCUGAAGAAGUCUACUGAACGGGAGAUCUAUGACUUCGACCAGGACAUCUACAUACUCUUCAACCCUUGGAAUGUUGACGAUCAAACCUACAUGGAGAAGACGGAGCUCCUGGAAGAGUACGUGCAGAACGACCAGGGCAAGGUGUGGGUGGGCCCCAUCAAGACCACGAGAGGCCGCCCCUGGGUCUACGGCCAGUUUGACGCCACCGUCCUCCCUGCUUGCAUGCUCAUGCUGGACCGCGCUGAGAUGCCCUUCCAUGUCCGUGGCGACCCAAUCCGGAUGUGCAGGAUUAUCUCCAAGAUAGUGAACUCGAACGACGAUGACGGCGUGCUGGUGGGCCGUUGGGACGGCGAGUAUGAAGAUGGCACGGCGCCGUCUGACUGGACGGGCUCGGUGGAGAUCCUCGACCAAUUCUUGCAGACUCAGGAGUCUGUUAGCUACGGACAGUGCUGGGUAUUCGCUGGAGUUGUUACCACCGUAUGCCGAGCUCUAGGCAUCCCAUCGCGUGUGGUGUCCAACCUGGUAUCAGCUCACGACGCGAACAGUUCCCUGACUGUGGACAAGUACUACUCGGAGACGAUGGAGGAGAUAGAAGGUGACCCCACCAACCCUAGUGGGGCAGACUCCAUCUGGAACUACCACGUGUGGAACGACGUGUGGAUGGCCAGGCCGGACCUGCCACCGGGCUACGGAGGCUGGCAAGCGGUUGACGCUACUCCACAAGAGACCUCAACUGGCUUCUACCAAUGCGGCCCAGCCUCUCUGGAAGCCAUCAAGCAAGGUCACACAGGGUUCGGGUACGACGUGGAGUUCAUGCUGGCCUCAGUCAACGCUGAUAUGAUGAGGUGGAGGAAAGACCCUGACUCCGAGACCGGCUUCUCUAUGGUCGACACUAAUGACUAUCAUAUCGGCCGUAUGAUCCUGACGAAGAAGCCGUACGUGUUCGACCCCAUUGGGGAUAUGGACCGUGAAGACGUGACGCUGCAAUACAAACAUCGAGAGCACACCGGGUCGGAGCGCGCUGCGCUGUUGAAUGGCGUACGUCGAUCCGCUAGAGCUCAGAGGUACUACUCUCUGAUGAGCACAGCACAGAACGACAUUACGUUCAAACUGAAGGAGAUCGACACCGUUGACCUUGGCAAGUCUUUCCGAGUCACCGUCGACAUACAGAACACUACCGAACAGGUCAGGAACAUCAAGGCGACCCUGUCAGCCACGAGCGUGUAUUACAACGGAGUUAAGGCAGAACUCGUCAAGAAGACCGAGGGGAAGAUCUUCGUUGGUCCCAAGAAACACGAGCAGAUAAGCAUUCUGGUGAACGCAGAAGACUACCUCCCCAAACUGGUGGAGUAUUGCAACAUGAAGAUAUCCGCCAUGGCCAUCGUAGACGAGACCAAGCAGUCUUGGGCUGACGACGAUGACUUCCAGGUCUUGAAGCCUAACAUCAACAUCAAGUUCAACGAAGACCUGAUAAUCGGUCAGGCGGUGACCGCAACGCUGUUCUUCGAGAAUCCUCUGGAGAAGCCCCUGUCUCAGGGCGAGUUCCGCAUCUCUUCUCCGGGCAUCGCCGGCCGUGCCCUGAGGUUCCCGGCACCCGCUGCUGGACCGCGUGAAGUGAUUUCUGCCCAAGUGCCUUUGCAGCCUACUAAAAUCGGGAACAUAAACCUGGUGGCUACUUACCGGUCUUCAGAACUGAAGGACAUCAAUGGAGCGGCCACUGUUGAAGUGUUUGAGGGUUAACUUGUCAAAUAAAAACUUGAUAUAUUCGUGUUAAUCUUUCUCACAAAAUAUAUUGUAAGAGUACUCAAAACAUAGAAUAAAGAAUGCUCAUAGAACGGACACUGGUGGCUAUAGGUGUAUCCCACUAUUUCCAUUAAGAAUUUCCAUUGAUGGAAAUACAGGGACACGUUCUCCCACUAUUUUCAUUGCGACUAUUUCAAUUGCGGGCUCUCUCUGGGCCCAGUUUAAGACUGGGACGAGAUGUCCCCUAAGCCUGGCCGCCGUCGCGGUGUGGUAGGAGUUAAGCAGCGCAUGCGCACUGUCUCACUCGCACCCAUGAGGUAAGGCGUCUCCGGGCUAUGCUCAGUGCCAUGAAUAUUUCGAAUCUCGUAUUUUGUAAACUUUUAUCACAAUUUUUAUAUACAGUUUAAGUAAGAGCCAUUUUAAUGUUAGUAAAAUAAUGUAUAAGUAUUAUCUGGUUAUAACAACAGAUGUUUAAUAUUGUUACAUAGCUGUAUAGCACGAAUAAAAAUGAGUAUAUUUUUUAAAACAA